AUUUUCUGGAUAUACACAUGUCGUAGUUCCACGUAACCACCAAAGCAAUUGAAGCAAAAAGAGCAGAUAACGGCUGAAAAGGAGAUUCAUCCUCCAAAUUAAGCACCAAAGAAAUGAGAAGGUGAACAUCAACCACCCCGACACGAUCGAAAAUGGCCACGACGAUUCAGUCCGAUAUUCGUUCCGCUUUGCACAUGGCAUCCUCGACCUUUCGCUCUCUCAGCACCAACCUGAUCCUCUCACGCGCCGCCGCGCGUCGAGCUCUGCCGUUUUACUCCUCCUCAUCCUCCUCGACGGCUUCAACGACGUCGUCGCUCAUCCUGAGAGCUUUCUCAUCCGCGGACUCCGCGAGCGACGUUGUUCUGAAGGUUCAGGAAAAGCCGUCCAUCUGUACGGCCGACGAGCUUCAUUAUGUUUCCGUGUCCAACUGCGAUUGGAGGCUCGCCCUCUGGCGGUACCAUCCUUCCCCUCAGGCGCCUCCGAGGAAUCAUCCACUGUUGCUGUUGUCUGGGGUGGGAACUAACGCCAUUGGAUACGAUCUCUCUCCUGGGUCUUCAUUUGCUCGAUACAUGUCAAACCAAGGGUUUGACACAUGGAUCCUCGAAGUUCGUGGUGCUGGGUUGAGCGUGCAGGGAUCAAAGUCUAAAGAAAUUAAGCAGUCUGCCUAUGAUAGAUCUGAGCAGAUGGAAGCUACUUUGAGGAAUGCAACUAAUGGAACUUUUCCUGUGGAAGCGCAGUCAACCAUUCCUGGUGCCUUGGAAGAAUCUGAGACUUCUGCUGUCAAAGGAGAAGAAUCUGAGAGUGUAGCUGUUGAAGAUAUGAUGGGGAUAGCAACAGUGUGGGAUGAAUCAAGACUAGUGAUGCAGUUGACAGAAACCUUUAUGCGUUUGUCAGAAAGACUCUCUGGUUUUCUAAGUGAAGGUCAGUCCAAGAUCAUGUAUGCUAAAUUUUUUGACCAGAUGUCGAAGCUUUUGGUGGAUUCUCAAUUAUCUGAACGAUUUAAUGAGAUAAGGGAAAAACUAUCAAAGUUGUUGGAAACAAGGCAAAACUCCAGUAUUGCUAGCCAAAUCACGGAUCUGAGUCAAAGAAUUGUUAAUAUCAUUGAAGAGGGUCAACGAUCUGUUUCACCUCCAUUGUUUGACUUGCAAGAGCGUCUCGCUUCAACGAUAGAGGAUUUUCAGAAACAACUUGACUUGAUAGUGAAAUAUGACUGGGAUUUUGAUCAUUACUUGGAAGAGGAUGUUCCAGCUGCGAUGGAAUAUAUAAUAGAAGAAAGCAGGCCAAAGGAUGGUAAGUUGCUUGCAAUUGGACACUCCAUGGGUGGUAUCUUGCUUUAUGCAACUCUGUCACGAUGUGCUUUUGAAGGAAGAGAAUCCAGAUUGGCGGCUAUUGUAACUUUAGCAUCAUCCCUUGACUACACAUCUUCAAAAUCAACUCUCAAAUUGCUCUUACCACUUGCAGAUCCUGCACAGGCUCUUAAUGUACCUGUUGUUCCUUUAGGGGCGCUACUGGCAGCAGCUUAUCCUCUUUCAUCCCGACCUCCUUAUGUCUUGUCUUGGCUUAAUUAUCUGAUUUCAGCGGAGGACAUGAUGCAUCCAGAGUUGUUAGAAAAGCUCGUCUUGAACAACUUUUGUACUAUACCUGCUAACCUUCUCUUGCAGCUAACAACAGCUUUCCGAGAGGGUGGGUUACGUGACAGGAUCGGCACCUUUUCCUACAAGGAUCAUAUGCACAAAAUCAACAUCCCUGUCUUAGCACUAGCUGGUGACCGGGAUCUUAUAUGCCCACCUGAAGCUGUGGAGGAUACUGUUAAGCUGAUUCCUCAGCACCUGGCUACCUAUAAAGUGUUUGGAGAACCUGGCGGUCCACAUUAUGCCCACUAUGAUUUGGUGGGAGGACGAUCGGCAGUGGAGCAGGUGUAUCCUUGUAUAAUCCAAUUUCUUAGUCGUCAUGACUCAACAUGAUUAUCUGGGCAAUGGAACUUAACGACACUGAGUGAGUUUGAUUUCCAAGCAGUAGGGAGGAUGUGCAGAUAAAGCAUUCCAUGCUGAGAUUGUUAGCAGAAUUUGCAAAGCAAAUCUUUGCUACUAGUUCAAUUGCCUAGGACGACGCCUCGUGAAGUGGAGAAGUCACUAGUUCAAAUUUCUCAUUCCCCUUUUCUUUGGGGGUCAAAAAUUACUUAUCAAAAGAAAAAACUUUUCUUCUUUUUGUAAAUUCUCUUUAGAAUUGGUGAUAGGAUAAUCAUAAUCUAGGAAGGGGCAAAAAAGCAUGCUUCUUUCCAUCAUAUAGCAUUUGGAUCUUGGUCGAUUGUGUAAUAAGAAUUUCUUUGAUUUAGCCCCCUCUAUCAUUUAGUUUUGAUGAUUUUCUUGUU